GGCGCUCCACCAGGCUUGCGGAGACGGAUUGCUUCCUACAGUUCGUCCCCGGCCUUCACCCUGUGACAGACGCUUGGCUCAAGAUGAACCUCAACUUCACUGCUCCUCUACACCCAGCGUCUUCUCAGAGGCCCACGUCCUUCUUCAUUGAGGACAUCCUGCUGCACAAGCCCAAGCCACUAAGGGAGAUGGCCCCUGACCACUUCACCAGCUCUCUGGCCUCCCGGGUCCCUCUGCUAGACUACGGCUACCCCCUCAUGCCCACACCCACCCUCCUGGCUCCUCACCCCCAUCACCCUCUGCAUAAGGGAGACCAUCACCACCCUUAUUUCCUCACCACCUCGGGGGUGCCUGUGCCGGCGCUGUUCCCGCAUCCCCAGCACACCGAGCUGCCCGGGAAGCAUUGCCGCCGCCGCAAGGCUCGCACGGUUUUCUCGGACUCUCAGCUCUCCGGCCUGGAGAAGAGAUUCGAGAUCCAGCGCUACCUGUCCACGCCAGAGCGGGUGGAGCUGGCCACGGCCCUCAGCCUGUCCGAGACGCAGGUGAAAACGUGGUUCCAGAACCGGCGGAUGAAGCAUAAAAAGCAGCUGAGGAAAAGUCAGGACGAGCCCAAAGCGCCAGAUGGGCCCGAGAGCCCUGAGGGCAGCCCCCGCGGCCCCGAGGCCUCAGGUGCAGAGGCUCGCUUGGGCCUGCCCGCUGGCCCCUUCGUGCUGACCGAGCCCGAGGACGAGGUGGACAUUGGGGACGAGGGGGAGCUGGGCCCAGGGCCGCACGUGCUCUGAGCCCCGUGGCUGGGGAGGCGGGGAGCACGCGGCGGGGCAGGGAGCGGUUCCCUCCGGGAUGAGGAACGCUCGGACUCGGGUCGGGGGCGGGCCUCGAAGAUCCGUUCCUGGAACAAAAACAAAACACACCUGUCAACCCUCCAACCCGCGCGGCGCCCCGUGGCUCGGCCUACGCCCUCCUCCCCCUCCCGCCCGCGGGCUCCCUGCCGGGCGAGCGUGCACCUGCGUUAGCUCAUUCCCGCGCCCCGCGUCUUAAGUGGCGCAAGCUGGACCCUGGGCUCUAAGUCCGCCGCGAUCGCAGACCCUCUCGGUCCUCUCCUCUACUCCACCUGCCCCCAGCUCUGUUGUCCAGGCUUCGAGACCUCUCCACCCGGACCUUUUGCCGUUCCUUGGGUAGACCGAUUGGCUGCAGGUAAGGGACCCGGAGUGUGGGCCGUCCGCUCUGCGGGGAUCCAGGUAGAACGAAAACCAAAUGCUUAAGUUGUCUUUGCCGGACAGACUCGCGGGCUGCUAGCCACAAACCUUCUACUGGGGUUCCCGCACUACACAUCUCUUAACUCAAAAACUAUGGCGACAACCCCUCCUCCGGGCGGCGCUUCCAUCCUCUCCCUUCACUGUUCCCCUCCUGAGCUUCCGGUUCGGCACCCAGGCACCCUUAAGCUUGUGGCCCCCGGGGACACCCGCUCUACACGCCUCACCUCCCCCAGUCCCAAUACCGAGCGGCGCCCACGAGCGGCCAGAAACUUGGACAGGAAAACCUACCGAGCAGUUUCUGCCUCCCGACCUGGCUGUAUCUGUCCCGCAACUCUUACACGGCCUGUGGGCUACUGCUAUUUUAAAAGUGAGUGUUCCUUGGGCUGUGUGCGGAAAUGCUCGUUUUCGUUGCAUUUUAGGGAAUGCGGCGCUUUAGCGGGAGUAAAACUAAGCAAGCAUCCGCUUCCGGACGUGCCCCAGCGUGUGGACUGUUGCGGUGGGGCAGGAGUCUGGCCCAGCGCGUCGCCCCUCUCCCUCUCCCCUAGGAGGUCUCCUAUUCUCUUCCUC